UGCGCUUGGAUCGGUAAAAUGACCAGCAGGCGGCGCAAGCGAGCGACCGUCGUGUUAAUUUAGAGCGCUGCGAUGUGGUUACGCUGAAAAUAGAAAGACAAGCGAGAGAAAAACGUUGAAACAAAGCGGUAAUAAAAUAGCGGUGGGUAAAACUGGACCCCGCGAAGCACCGCAAUCACGGUGGACUUGAUGUAUAUCUGACGAAAACGGCCUGAAUAGCGAUUCCAGGAUCGACGGGGCGUCGUUGAGCGGUUGCGUUUCUCCGUUGGAGUCGCGCUCGACGGCGAACAACAGAGCAAAAACGAGCGCGAGUUCUCGAAUCGCGUCGAUAAGAUAGACGCAAGAUGUCCAGCUCGUUCAUACUUGAAUCGAAGGAAAAAUCAAAGAAAGAUGACACACUUGUAAUUGUUGUCAACGACGACGGAACCAUUUCCGUCGAUCAUGAAACACUGCAGAACAUAAUAAUUAAUCAAUCCAAUGCGAAUGUGAGCGUUGUGCGGCUAGGUCAAGGAGAAGCGGAUGCUGAAAAUGGUGACAUCACAUUGACCGUCGAUCCACCAGCUUAUGCACCACCCGAAGGAGCUGCCUCAGGCACUACGCCUGGGUGUACCGACACUGGAGUCGGUGGGCUGGUUGAUCCCUUCAUGGAGAUGGAUCCCGAGCAGCUGGAAAGGCUCGAAACCGCAUUGCAGAGUGAAGAGGCCAAGCAAAUAUUAGGAGAAAACGUAACAGCCAUGCUCGACAUGUUGUCCGUAGAAGAAGAGCAGAAUUCACUGAAGUACAGUAUACAGCUGGAUCACUGUUACACCAGCCGAAAGUCACCCUCAGAUCCAAAACCUAGUGAUCCAUUACCUAUUGCAGAAUCGCCCGAAAUUAAUGAUGCUCCGUACACCUUGUCCUCUUCCUCCUCGUCCUCGAUCCCUGCGUCGAUUCCUCCACCCAUCUCCCUUUCCUCUCCUACGCUAAGCGGUUCUCAAGUCUUGUCAGCAGCAGUGGGAAAAUCGAAACUAACCAGACCUGUUAGGGGUCCAGGCAGGCCUCGGCGCGAUGGAAGACCAUUAGGACCGACUCCACAGACCCCGAAAGGAAUUGGUAGCGGCACGGCUCGAAACACGAUCAGCGUUCUCCAGCAGGGAGUGAAUAAAGGUGCCCUAGUGCCGCUCAUUAAGCCUCUGAAUAUGAACGAUGUCCGCAUCACUGCUGGGGCGAUGCCGGAAGCUGCGGAUGAUGUUCCGCCGUCCUCAUCUUCAGAAUCUUCGGAAUCCGAACCACCGUCUGACGAUGACUCGGAUUUUGGGCCUCGGGGACCACGCAGAGGUGGUGUCAGGGCUCGAGGAGGUCGCAAGGGUCUUACCACUAGAGGUGGAAGCCUUGCCGCAACUAGACGCAGAGGUAGCAACAAGCUCAUGGAUAUGGAACAGGUGCGGAGGCUUGAUAUGGAGAUGGCGGCGGCUGUUGACGCGAUGAAGAGUCCUGAGAAGGAGGACAAAGUCGAGGAAAAAUUGCUGAGCCCUGGCAAGGCGAAAAAGGGUAUAAAAACGAUGGGAGCGAAGAAGAAGGAGGAGCCACCGGUUCCUCUCAUUGCAACCCCUCAGCCUGCCGCAGCAGAGGUGGAGCCUACAGCGUCAGAGAAACAGCUCGUUACAACAAAUCAAGUGAAAGCAAAUUUAAUAAACGCGAAUACAAUAAAGGGCGACAUGAUACUGACGAAGCCGGGCCAAAUGCGGAACAAUCAGAAGGUGAUAUUCGUACAAAAACAGGUCAUGAUGAAGGCGAGCGAGCUGAAGAACCUCGGCAUGAGGAAGUCCCUAGUCGUAUCGAAACCAGCGGCCAAUCUCCUUAGCCAAGUCAACUCCAAACUGCCUCUUGGCAAAGAGAUGAAAACACCACAGCAGCUCGUCACCAAGGUCGCUGCCCCCACAGCUCCAACAGCCACAACCAUCCAGAGCAAGGUCAGUGUCCAGCCUGUACAACCCAUGCAACAACAGCCGCAACUGUCGACGCUGCAGACACAACAGAUCCCACAACUGACACAGCAGCAGCAACAAACAGUGCAAAAAAUCACUGUUGUGCAAAACACAGCGUCUGUUGCCAAGGUCAAGACGCCUGAGGCCAAGAAGGAGAAGAAAAAACUCGAGGUUCUUGCAGACGUCGCGCCAAAAGUGGAGGCAGAGCCUGUCAAACUUCCAGAACCGAAAACACCCGACGCUAAAAAACACCAAAAACGGGAGCACAGAAAGUCGCCUUCACAUUUUGUGGACGCUUUGGGUCCGGCGCUGUUCUCGACUCCAGACAUAAUUCGGCGGGUCGGCUCAGGUGGGGAGCCAAAAACUCCUGAAGCCAUUGCUACAAUGAGUUCCAUGCAAAAGACUGCACCUGCAACUGCAAUUGUCGUCUCUGCGAGUUCAGGAACGUCCACAAACCUGACAGUUGCAGCUUCUACCGUCCAUUCAAUUCCAGCGAGCUCAACAGCGAUGAUUUCGACACCGGCUAAUGCGACUGAGGCGGAUAAGAUGGAGCAGAGUAACGAAGAAGACAAUGAAAUGAAAUUGCUAAGCGAAAACCAGGCGGAUGCAACUCCUCAAGAGGAUGAGAAAACUGAGGUCAAAGCUCCGCUCGUCGAAGAUCUUCAGCCUUCUUUGGACACUGCUUCGCACACAGCUCGGAAUACCGAAGUAUCGUCAGCAUCCGUAGAACAGCAUCACCUUGUUCCCAAAACAAUUGUAUCCAAAUCCAGUGGAAUCGAAAGUGAAGAACAUUUGCUGGCAACACUUGAAAUGGAGGCAAGUAAACACGAAGAGGAAUUAUUGGCAGAGGCUCUGCUUCUUCAGGAAGCGUUAGGAGUUGAUUUGGCAGAUCACGCGACUCUGGUCGAUCAGGCUUUGCCGGUGACAGAGGGGCUUUUACCGACAACAGCAUCGUUUGUUCCACUGUCAGAAACGACCAGUGGAGAACAGCAGGAGCAGAAUCGACACCAAACAGCAUCGCCUGUCAGAUCUGGUACUUCUUCUCCAGCAGGCGCAACGCGAGCUGCCAUAUUAUCGAGCGACGUAACAAGCAACAAGAACAAAAUUGUCCGUGAUGACAAAGAGCCUGUUCAAAUCGUUCGCGGAGGUCGCGUUAUUACUUUACCACCGAUUGAGGCCCCUGCCACCAGAAGCAAGCGACUUCAGGCAAAGAGCGAAAACGUCAUUGCGGCAGCUACACCAAUACCUAUGCAGAAGAAAGUCGAAGCUGUAAAGAAAAGCGAGAAGACAAUCAAAUUUUCUCAUCCGCCUCAAGAAGUGCCUUUCCAGCAGAGUAGAGACGAGGUCGAGUCUGAAAUGGACGAGGAUGACGAAGACAACGAGAAUUCGGACUCUGAAGACGACCCCGACAGGCUUUGGUGCAUCUGUAAGAGACCGCACAACAAUCGUUUCAUGAUAUGCUGCGACGUCUGUGAGGAUUGGUUCCAUGGAAAAUGCGUUCACGUCAGCAAGGCGAUGGGUCAACAAAUGGAGGAAAAGGGCAUUGAAUGGGUCUGUCCCAACUGUGCAAAGAAAAAGUCUGAUGAUACCAAGGAGAUGCUUUCCGAGCAAUCGCCUAAGGGGCGAAAGAACUCCUCAGAUUUGACAGUAGUUACCUCGCCUGCAGAUCUUCCACAGAGUGUCUCGUCCCCCGUCCACGCAGCUACGGCUUCAUUGACGAACUCCGCCAGUUCGCUGGCCUGCAUCGGUGCCUCGACGGUCAUCCCAAAUGCCAACAUCUCCGGAGUGACACAGUGUGUUGUCUGCAAGAAGGAGGCCAGGAACUCUAGCAUUUACUGUUCGGACGCCUGCAUUUUGACACAUGCGCAGGAAUCUUUGACAAAGGACAAACCGCCUCAGACUGCUUUGCCGCAUCCCAAAUCUGCAGUUAAGUCAAUGACACAAGAAAAUAUCAGGAGCAAACCUGACGCAAGGGUCAUCGUCUUCGAAAGGAGAUCUGGGAAGGUUUUGACUGGCGCGGAUGCACCGACGACAUCGAACCUAAAGACGUGGCUCAAAGAGAAUCCUACAUACGAAGUGGUGCGACCUAACAAUCUGAACGCGCUUCAAAUUGGUGGAAAGACAGUGACGGCUAUAUCAACGCCUGGACUGAGUGGAAAAAUUACGAAAAUGAACCAGCAUCUAUUAACUAAGGGUCAAGUUCAAGGUCAGGCGAAGAUGGUUUAUGCGAAGGUGGCAGGUUCGAAGCAGACGGUCCUCACGGCAAGCAACAGUAAAAAAGUGACAAUAGUAUCGAGCGGAGGGAACUCGCAGCUUUCCAGUCCGUCGGCGCAGUCGAAGCCACAGGUUGUUCAGGCUCGACAGACGCUGCUGACACAGACGUUGAGAAAUCCGACACAGAUAGCUUCGAAGCAAGUUUCGUCACCGAAGCAAAUAGGUCAGCAGCAGCAACCGAUCAAAAGUCAGGCAACUACGACGUCAACGGCGAAGCAGCCUGCAGUUAAAAAAGCAGAGGCCAAGGCAUCGACUUCAUCUCAGCAGCAGCCGAAGCUCCAAGCAACAGUGGUGAAGCGACCAGAGACUGAGCCGAUCAGACUGAACAUCAGGAAGACGCUGGCAGAGCUUUUAUCGAGCAGGAUAAAGGAGACGGAGGACUUGCGACUAGCCGAAGAUGAAAUAACAGAACUGGCACUGAAUAUCGAGCUUGAGAUGUAUAAAUUCUUCCGGGACACGGGCGCCAAGUACAAGGCGAAGUACCGCAGUCUCGUCUUCAACAUCAAAGACACCAAGAACCUGACGCUCUUCAGGAAGAUCGCAGAUCGAUCGCUGGCGCCUGAUGCAGUGGUGCGACUCAGUCCUGACGAGAUGGCGAGUCAGGAGCUCGCCGAGUGGAGAGAAAAGGAGACGAAGCACCAGCUUGAGAUGAUUAAGAAAAACGAACUCGAUCUGAUGGCGCAAGCCAAGUCCAUCGUCGUCAAGACGCACAAGGGCGAGCUGAUCAUAGAGAAUGAUGGAGGCGUCGAGCGCGUAGAUCCGAAGACGCCGGUCCAGGACAUUGUAACCGCACUGAACAGUGGAGAUGGUAUUACUUCAUCAACAGCCGGUGACGAGGAGAAAGCAAAAGAGGGUGAAGGCAAGUCAAAGGUGAAGCAUGAGGCAAAGAAGGCAACGUCGCAUGUUGGGGAGAAGAAAAAGGAAAAGGAGAGGGAGAAGGGGAAACACGAGAGGAGUCGCAGUCGAGGUAGACGACAUCGCAGUAGGGAUUCGGACAGUAGGAGCAAGACGAGGGAGAAGAGCAAGGAACGAGAUAGAAGGUCCACAAGACCCAAGGAUGCCAAAAGAGACAAGGAACGUGAAAAGGAGAAGGAAAGAGAAAGGGAAAGGGACAGAGACAGAGAACGUGACAAGGAGAGGGAGCGGGAGAAAAUUAAGGAGAAAGACAAGGACAAGCACAAGAAAAGUCGCAGAAGCAGCAGUACUAGAAAUCGAAGCAGAGGGAGACACAGGGACUACAACUCGAAGGACAGUGUAACAAAGAAGGAGGAUGAUCGAAAAAAGGAAGAGUUAGAGUCUCGAAAGGAGCCAAGCCCAGUGGCGCAAGAAAAAACAGUGCCGAUUGAGGACAGACUGUGGCGUCACAUAGAAGAUGAAACGACAACAAACAACACAAUGGACGGCAACGAGUCUGAUGUUUCGGAUCGAGAGCCAAGCUCGACGGUGACGAUAAAAACGCCAGACUUCAACGAGGAGUUGGAAGAGACAAUGCAAGCUGCGGAGUCGAAGAUUGAGGAACAACAGCGGCGGGCUGAAACCCGAGAUCCUGAACCCAUCCUGCAGACUGUCUGGCGAGGCUUCGUCAACAUGGUUGAUGUUGCCAAGUUCUUCAUCACUGCUCAGGAAGUCAGCGGACAAGCACGCGACCUUACCGAGGAUUUGCCUGACACCGUUGACGUCGUCGGUCGCAUCAGUCACGAGACGGUCUGGGACUACAUAUCGAAGAUGAAACGAACGGGUUCAAAGGAGAUCCUCGUGAUCCGACUGACGGCGGCAAACGAUGAGGAGAAAAUCCCUUACAUAACUCUCUACAGCUACCUGAACAGCCGGAGCCGUCUCGGCGUUGUCGGCAAUGUGUCAAAGAACAUCAAGGACUUCUACAUAAUGCCUUUCUCGAGCCAGAGUGUCGUUCCGCGGGUUUUGUUACCGCUGGAUGGUCCGGGUUUUGAGGAGAACCGGCCGCAUCUUUUGCUUGGUAUAAUCGUGCGGAACAAGCGGAAACGGACGAUGACUCCGAUGAGCGGCAUUGUACCGCCGAAAAUGAUCCGCAAGGAAACUGAAAUCGGGCGCAGCUACACACCGCCGAUCCUUGAUCCGCCAGAAACCGCCGUUUCAACACCUCCUUCUACCGCUUCGCCAACAAUUCUACUCACACAGGCCGCCUCCGGCUCACUCGGUGACAAGCAGGGAUGGUCCUCGCCGUUGCCAGCUCUGGACAAGCAGAACGUUGUGACGCAGCUCACUCUGGAAACCCUGAACAAGGCCCAUGUCGGAAUGUCCCGAACUUCGAAAGUAGACAGUGCAAAGAUGGCGAAAAUCGUCCCGGAGCUCUCUGCCAAAAUUCAGCUCGCCGACGACAUUCCUGAUCCUGAUGACGGUGAUGAGCCUUACAGUCCUGGCCAGAUGGAUGAGGACAUCGAUCAGGAUGACGAUUCCGGACGGUUCGGAACCUCCGUCUCUGCUUUGGAUGACAUUGCCAAAUCUCAUCAGCGCAGCGUCGCUCUGUCCAAUGAUUUGGCCGCUGUUACUAGUCUACAGGCGCUCACUGUGCCGUCCAAAAAUUCCAACGAACUCCAGAGGAAGAUGGAUGAACUUAAUAGACAGAUCGAAGAACAGAAACAACAGAUACAGAGUAUCAGUUCGUCCUUUCUAUGCGAUGCUGCCGCGACUUUACCAGGUCUCGGCCUCGAUCCACCGUGUCUCAACGAUUCAGAGGAGGCUUACAGUCCGACUGACACUCGAUCGUUCACCCCGCCACCUCCGGGACUUUCCAAAAUAUCCCAACCGAUCCUGGACAAGGUUUCGAACAUAACGAUUCCCGCUAACCUGCAGGAGAUCUUGGCCAACGUCAAGCGGCAAGAGAUAACCAAGGUCGAUCCUUACCUGCCGUCGAAGCCAAGCGCAACUUUUCUGACCUCGGUGAACGCGGUGGCGUAUCAAAAGCCUGAGAAAUACGUACCAAACGCAUACAGCAAAGGCAUGAAUCAGAUAAGUGGAAUGGGACUCGGGACCUCUUCUGGUGCAUCGUUCUUCGAAUCGCAGCUAGAGGAGCGUAAAAAGGAAAGCAAAAGCACACUUGGUUCGCUCAGUGAUCUCGACCUGAUAAAAAAGGCCGAGGAGGAACUCGCGGCCGUUGCGGAGCUCGCGGCGGUUGCGGAAGCUGCGGCCGCGGCUGGGGCCUCAAAUUCUAACUCCAGUCCCUCGUCGUCGUCGUCGAUAUCGUCGACAUCUUCCUCCUCUUCAUCGUCCUCCUUGUCCUCCUUGACUAUGACAACGACCACGACGAUGACGACAAAGCUUCAAGCCCCACCGCCUUCCUCCCAGCCUCAACCUCACAUUCCCUUACCAUCACCGAUGAAUCCCCACCAGCAACAACGGAGCUCGACGACAAGUUUCAGCCCCGAAGCUUCGCCUCCGGCCUUGCUGAAACCGGAUUCCGGCACCGCUUCUACCACUCCGAGGAAGAACCUGACCUUCGAUCAGCCCAAGCCACCCGGCCUCGAGGACGAGGACUUUUCCCUCGGUUUCCCAGCAGUCACGCCGACGCCAAUUAGCAGUACCGGAUUAUUCGUAGAAGAAGCCGUCGCGUCGAAAAGCAAAAGUGGGAAAUUUUUGCCUAAAAGUGGCGUCGUUCUGAGCGUUAAACGCAAGGUCGGCGAAGAGGCGACGAUAUCGCGAUCUGCUUCACCAGCUGCCUCGUCAAAGACCCCGAGGACUAAGUCCAGGUGGGGUCAAGGACCAGGCGAUAAAUAAUCCAUACAUCGAUCUAGCAACGGAUUGUUCGCAGUGCGGUUAUGAGCUGCUUGCAUGCCCAUUGUGUUAUUUUUCCUUUACGUCGUUCACAAUGAACGAACAUUAUCCAAGAAUUUUUAAUGCUACAUCGGAUGAACCGUGUUCGGAAUAUAAAUUGGACACAUCGAUUCUGCGAUAAAUGGGUGGUGAAUCUUUGACAAUUUUCAAAUACCGGUUAUUUUUCUUACACACACACACACACACACGCGCGCGCGCGCGCACGUGAUACUUUUUAUUACUAAUGUAGUGUUGUAAUGAUGAUGAUAAUAAUAAUAAUUAUUAUUAUUAUUAUUAUUCUCGUUAUAAUCAUUAUACUGAUGUGAUAUAAAGUAAUUACUUUUUUCUUUUUUUGCUUGUCUGUUUCCUUUUUUUAUACGACCGUAAAGUCGCUCAGGAUGUUUUUCACGAUUUUUCUUUGUCUUCACUUUGCAGUUUUUCAUUUUCCUUGUUUCACUUUCGUUUCUGUUGUACUUUUUCUCGGUUUUAAGUCUGUGUGCGCACUGAUUUCUCUCUCUUUACUUUAAUCGGAUUUUCAAAAUGAAGAAAUAAAUAUUUCAACCCGAUACGUGAUUAUUUGAUACCUAUCGCCGCAGAAUUGUUACGGAAAUAAAUAAAAAAGCGAAAAUGGUACAAAAUCAAAAAAAAACAAUACUAUUGAUAAUAACCAUAACUAUUAGCGAUUGUAUACAAAUUACUAAGAAAUAGAAAAAGUUUGCGAAAUGUAAAAUGAAAUCACUUGAUGAAAAUAUGGAGAGUUAAACGCGGGGAUGAAAAUAAGUAAAAACGUGAAAAAUAUUGGAAAGCGAACUGGCGUCUUUUUUUGGUGUCAGGUUCUUGUUAUCAUUCUUGUAAAUACCAAAGCUUAAAGACGAAGGUGAAAAGUGCGGCUAUUGAGCUGCUUGCGAAUUAAUUAAUCAAUUAAUUCAAUAACCAACUUAAUUGAUUAGACAAUUUCAUUGUUUUAUAAUUUCAUUCAUUAAGUCGUUGACGAUAGUUCGUUAAACUUAUGAUAUAGCAUACUAAUGUAGGUGUAUCUAUAGAUAGAGGUUCCAGAUAAAAAAGAGCGAAAGGUGUGGUAACAAAAAAGAAAGUAAGAGUGUAGUAAACAAAACACGUGUGCUGUAUAUAUGAUGACUAGAAGAGAAAAAAACUGAUAUCGAAUAUUAUACAUAUACUAUAAGUAAUAAACGUUAUAAUAAUAGUGAUAACGAUGUAAAGUAACGAUAAAUUUUUUUUUCCUUUUUCUUGUCUACUUGUCGUUUUAUUAUUGUUUUACGCUAUUUUAUUAUUAUUAUUAUUAUUAUUAUUAUUAUUAAUAUUUUUGCAUACCAGUUUUCGUACAUGAUAAGUGAUAAAUAAAAUACAAAUAAAUAGAAGGAAAGUAGAAGAAAAAGAUUAAAAAAAUGAUGAUAAAAAUUAUAUCUGAAAUAACGAUAAAUAAAAUGGAGCGAAUGGAAAUGGAUAAAAAUAUUACUCUUGUGGUAAACUCUAAGUAUAAGGUAUUUGAGACAUGAUUACCUUACAGACAUUAACGGAUACUUAGCUGGCUGCAUAUUACAGCUCUUUCUUAUCACUAUAGAAAAACAUGAUAAUUAUAAGAAUGUAAGUAUGUAUGUAUGUAUGUAUGUAUGUAUGUAUGUAUGUAUGUAUGUAUGUAUGUAUGUAUGUACGCUAUGUCAGUUGUGUGUAAAUAAUAUCUAAUGAUAAUAAUUAUAAUGAAAAUGUAAAAUUGGUACGGAUUGAUAAUAUCACAUUACUAUACAUAUAUCGAUACGCGGGUAUAUUGCACUUUGAGUCAAGAUAAAGAGGAAAAAAUAAGUGGAGUUUUUUUAAAAUUUAGGUGUAUCUAUAAUGUUAUCAUCUUCUUUGUCGUGGCUGUACAAAGAAGAUUUAGAAUAUGAAAAUUAAAUUGAGUAUAAAAAAUAAAUGAUUACAAAACGAAACUGUUGAACAAACAAAAAUUUAUAUUGUAAACAAAUCGGAUGACACUUGAUAUAUUUGAAUAUGCAAAUGAAAGAGAAAACAAGAAAAAAAAACAACAACGAGACGUUGAAGAAAAAAAACAAUUUUAUGUAAUUAUAUUGUUUAACGAUUUUUUAUUUCUUUUUUUUUUAUUUCUUUUUACCUACCUUCACCCUACCGCCUGUUCCUUACACACAACUUUGUAGGUGUUUGAUUAUUAUUACUAUUAUUAUUCUUGUUUUUACUACCAGCUAAAGUGUGCUAAAAGCACCAGUGUGAAUGCCAGUUACUAGUAAAUGAAAAAUUGAUAGGUAAAUACGUAAUAUAAUUAAAUAUGAAUAUGAUACUAAAUUUACAUGAUGAUACAAGAGAGUUUAGUAUACAAUAUAGUGUAUAGAUAUGUGGUAUGGAGAAAAUGUAAUGAGCUAUCAUUAAAAUGUACGAAUAUAUGUAUAAGUAUUAUAUGAGAAAUUUAAUAAAUGAGUAAGUCAAAUUUCAAUAAAUGUUUUCAACAGA